AAAAAUGAUUGGCAGGUUCUCCCAUAGCUCAACAGCAUUGAUACGAAAGACUUAAAAGACUGACCGAAGUGGAUUGUGAGCUUUUAAAUAAAUACAUAAAUAAGAAUAUUGUAAACGGAGGAGCCGCGAGAUUUCUUAUAUCAAGUUUAUGGUUAGGGAAAACAAGACAUUGACUUUUAAGCAGCUUCUAAAAGACUGUUUUUCAGUUGUAACGGUGGCUCCCCCCACUUCUUGUUCAGCCUUUUCCGCCUGCUCGCUGCGCUGUCACCCGUCCUCGUGCUGUCGGUUUGAUCCCCGAUCCGUGGCGUUUCAAGUGAAGUUACAUGGCGUCUGCAAAGAAGGCCAGUGAUGACUGAAGAGAAGCUAUCAGCAAUGGAGUUCGAUCAGUGGAUAAGCUGUGAAAAAAUAGCUAUUCUCCAAGGUGGAUUUUUGCUUUCUCAGAAGAACUAUCAUCCUAGGUUGCUAUGCACACUAACAAAAAGUGACUGGCAGACUGUUGGACAACCAAUAGUGCAAUCUGUAGAGGAGAUUAUCCGUUCACAAAAUCAGGACUGCUCAAGUGGGACACAGUGUUGGAAGAAGAUUGUAGCUGUCUUGUGGAUAAAACUGCUGAAGUCUAAAGUGCCAGACAGCAGUUUAGAUCUAGACAAGAGAUGGAAGGAAGACAUUUUUUUUUCUAUAGAUAACAUACUUCCAGCAAUAAACUACACUCUUUUAUUUGAGCUAUUGAAGUCUCUAUGGGCAUCAGAGCUGUUUAUUGAAUUUCUCUUUGCACUGCCAGAGGAAACUUUUUACAGGGCACUCAAAAAAUGGGUGGAUCAUAUACUUAGUGACACUUCCACUGAAGAUUUGAAAUUUUUCUUGGAUUGCUGGUGGGAACUACUGAGAUUCAGGCCCAAUGACAAUGAAGAGGAUCAUGUAAUACAACUCUUCUCUUCUGAAGUGCUGAAAUGCAUAUCUGAAGAGUCAUCUUUGCAGGCUCCUAAAAGGUUCAAGGUAGACCCUGAUGCCACUCAGCCGCACUGUGCAUUUCUUUUACUGUUUGAUGCUUUGAAGGUGAUGGCCGGUCACAUUUCCACUUUUGAAACUCGGUGCAUGGCCAUGGCAAAUAUCUUGGACAGUCUGUACACGGCAUUUCUACUAGAUAACAGUACUGUCCUUCCCAUGGAUGUUUAUUUGAAGAAGAUUGUAAAAUAUGUGGGAAUACUGGGUUUUUCUAAAGAAAGUCACAAAAUUGACAAACUGACUGACAUUAUAAAAAAGGCUGAGAAAGAAUUAUCACCAUCCCUGAAGCCAUCCCAUUUAAAACCAAGGAAUUCCUCUCUUUCAGUGUUUUUAAAUAUUUUUAUAGAGCUACUUAAGCUAUGGAGCCUCACAAGUGAUGCCCAGUACUCCAUGGAGAAUUGUCAUCCAUUAACAGUUUUCAGGCUAGAAGAAGGUAUUCUUCAAGUACAAGAAGCAUUGGGUGCAUUGUCGCCAUCCAAAAAGUUGUUAGUAUGUGAUGUGAUUCAGCAUUUACAGGAGUGGCAUUCAGUCUGUCAAUUUCCUGAAAGCGCUUCUUGCUUGGUUAGUGAUGUAAUACUGCACCUUGUGGUAACAGCCAUCAUAAAUAAUCAUCUGGAUAGGCAUAAAGAAGCAUGCCUUAUGUUUUCAUCUAAAGAAAGUUGGGUACUUGCUGGGGACGAGUGGAUAACAUGUUUAGAAAGCAAUCAGGAUGCAUUCAGAGACCCAUUUCUAAUACUUGAGCUAGCUUCAACACUAGUGAAGGCAUGUUCAUGUAACCCCAUGACUGAUAGUUUUUUGCAAAUGAAGAAGCUAAAGAGUAUUAUUGUGAGUCUGUUUUCUGAACUCUCCCUCAGUCAGAAAAAUAUGCUACUUAGAGAAGUGUUUUCCAAAUGGGGUCGUAAAGGCUUGUGUGGCAGCUUGCCAGGCGAACUGACUGCUGGUUUUGGGAGAGAGCUUAACUUGGCUUUUAAUUGCAUCACUCAGACUGAAACUGAGCACCACUUUGAGAAUGCUGUCUCUAGUGUGGCCAUGGUGGCCUUUCAGAACCCAGAAGCUACAUUGCAGAGAGCGUGUCAUUUAGCUGUGGUCAACCGUGGCUCUCACAGACUCAUCAGCCUAAUUUUGAAAAAUCUUCCUUGUUUGAUUUAUGCUGGUGAUUCAUUGUCAGAGUCAUCUUGUAGUUUUUUUGUCGAUUGUCUCCUGGACACUGUGUGGAGGAAGCUUUCUUCCUCACUGGAAGAGGAGCAGUUUAUAGACUUCAUUGAGGCCUUCUUAGAACCACAUCAUGUUACUGGUAACAAUGGGCAGGAAGAGGUUCAAUCACUGCCACCAGCAGAUAUAGUGAAGGCGUUUGUUCUUCCUUGUCUGUUGGACCAGUCCUUUAACCUUGAGCUCUGCCUGAAAAUUCUUCAUAUAGCUAUGUCGCAAAAAAACAGACAAGAUGAUACCAUUACAGAGCACUGGAUUUUGGGUUGCUCACCUUUCCCCCUUCUGUAUUCUCUUUGUCAGCUGCUAGAUUCAUGCACAAGCUCUUGGCAAGAGAACACAGUUAAUUUCAGCACUACCAAAGUCAGUCUGGAAGUAAAAGACCUCCUAAUUAACACCCUUGAAAUGCUUUGUGAUGUGGUUGGUGAAAUUGUUGAAUCUUCUCCAGGCACGUGGUCCCGUUCUAUUUUCUGGCUUUAUGACAAAGUUAAAUCCGUAGACUGGAGUGUUCGUCUACGGCUCAAGAGUGUGUGGAAGCAUCACUUCAAAAACGAGGUUCCAGAAGUUCAGUUUACUGUCUGCAAUCUCCCAGAACUUGAGUAUGCAGGGAUUGACAUUCCAGAGUAUGGGCCUGGAACUGGGCUAUUAGCAUGGCUUGAGUGUUGCUGUCUCUCCGAUAUCAUGAGAGAUCACAUGUUGGAGUAUCUGGUUGUCAACUUAAAGAGUGCAGAAGAGAUCAACAUGUUUAGCAAAGGCUUCAUGCUGGUACUAGUUCAAGCAAUGCCUUGGUGUAGUCCUGCUGAGUGGAAACGUUUAAAACAUGUGGUAGACAAACUUAUGCAAGAUGGAAUCCUACAUGUACCAUACACACUGGAGUAUGUUGAAUUUAUGCCAAUGCUCAACCUCAGACCUUUUGUAUAUGAUCUUCAGCAUUCCAUGUUACUUCUAAGAGUUUUUCAAUUAUUAUGCAGUUCCAGCUGCUCUAAUUGGUUGACUCAUGAUGGCUGGCAGCAUGUAGGAAGACUUUAUUCAGCCUCUGUGAGAGGAAUCUUAGAUUCUCUAAAAAGGAAGGUGCCUGCUCCCAAGAAUCUAGAUCACCACACAGAUGAAAGUCUAGAUUUGAACAAAGAAGUCCAGUUUGUAUUGGUGCAGUUGUUCUGCCACCUUCUACAUGUUAUGGUUAUGAUGCCUCAAGAGACAUAUGAGCCACUAUACGUGGCCUCUUUGGAGGUUCUGUCUGAAUAUGAAUCAACAGCAGGUAAUCUCUCCUUUCUUAGCAGAGCUAAUACCAGACAAUUCUUGCAGUCCAUUGCUGAAAACUUGCCGAUUGUAGAACAACGCACAACCCUCCUUCAGAAGAUUGACCGUUUUUAAGCUCUGUCCCAUGCACAGAAUGUCAGGGUUUAUUUUAAGGUCUUUUCUUGUACUCUCAUUUUUGUUUUCUAAAAAUAAAAGUGUAUGUCUCUUCA